UCCUGAUUAAAUUCUUUGUCCUUAACCUCUCUACUGUCAUUCCAUGAUAGCAAAGCUUGACCUGCUGCCCUGAGCAGGGCUCGCAGGCUCCAGAGCAGUUCACCCUCCUCCGCAGGAAGCUUCACCCUGACUACAGGGGUACCCCAGGCCCCACACACAGCCUGUCUGCUCCUCUGGGGCACCUGAGAAUGGAGCCAGCACCAUCUCCUCCAGCCUAUAACCUGAACGGUAACUGGCACUAUCAGUUCCGCAUCAUGCUGCUGGGGGAUUCGACAGUGGGCAAGUCCUCCCUGCUCAGGCGGUACACAGAGAGGUGCUUCGGGCCAGCUCCCUGCCCCACCGUGGGGGUGGAAUUCUACAGCAAGAUGAUCGAGCUGCCUCCAGGGAUCAAGGUGAAGCUACAGCUUUGGGACACAGCCGGCCAGGAGAGGUUCAGAUGCAUCACCAGGUCUUUCUAUCGCAAUGCUGUGGGCGUGCUGCUGGUGUUCGACAUGACCAACCGUAAGUCCUUCGAACACAUUCUGGAGUGGUACCAAGAGGUGGCCAGCGUUCAGAUUAUGGAAAAAAUCAUCUUCCUCCUGAUUGGCCACAAAUGUGACCUGAAAUCAGACUGUAAGGUCUCCACUGAGGAGGCAGAAGGGCUGGCAGCCUACCUGGGCAUGGACUUCAUUGAAACAUCUGCCAAGAGCAAUAUUAAUGUGGACUUGGCCUUUGAGACUAUGGUCAACACCGUCUAUGAAGCCCUGAAGAACAAGGAGAUUGCUCUGGAGGAAGGCUGGGAUGGGGUGAAGGUGAUUCACAAGAAAACUUGCAAACCCCAAAAGAAGAGAAAAACACCAGAAAAAUGCCUGUGUUAGCCAAGAAAUUAGGGACCAGGACUUAUGGUGUUGCAGGUGGGGAGGUGAUACUGUGAUGCCAAGGAUGUGAAAUAUUUAUGGGGAUGGAUGAGCUGAUUCAGAAAUAGAAAUGGGGAAGGAGUCUGACGUUCCGGAUGGGGUUAGAAUCGGGGGCAUAGGUCUAUCUCUAACAGAAACAAAGUAUCUCAUCCAUUCAUCCAUUGGACAGUUGAAUUGCACUGAAUUAAUGAAAAAUUGCUUCCCCUUCCAGGUGAAAAACAGGCAAUCUAGUUGGCACCAAGUCAUUGUUAGAGGCAUUUAUUUGGUUCUUACCAGAGGAAGCCCCUUUUAAAUACAAUAAUUCAUUUUUUUAACUUAAUUUUAGAACUAAGAAGCUCUUUGAUCAUUGCAGCUGAUAUUCAGUUACUGGUAAAUAGAUCUGAUCCAAUCAAUGGGGCUAUUAGCCUGAAUGAGAUUUUGAUAUGCUCUUGCAUUAUAUGUGAGCUAUUAACUACUCCCUGUUUUGCCAAGUCACCUCAAAGAUGUUAUAUUUACAGGAAAUCAUUGUGGCCUGAUUUCUUUUCUUUGUGGGGGUGGAGAAGGGGGUUACAUAACAUAGUAAUUGGAUGAAUUCUCAUUAUAUGAGCAAAUCUAUCAGAUAUUCGUGUCUAUACAGUGGGAUAUGGUUUUAUUGGUCAGUGCAAAAGAGUGAAGUUCACUACAUAGAACCAGGCCAGUAUUUAUGCACCACUUGUGUAAUUGACUAUUUUUUGCUAAUUUUCUAGCUUAAUCUCAUAUUACCCUAUUUACUUGAAUCCAAGAAGAGAGUUUUUUCCCCUUCAUUCAACAUGGGGAGAAAGGCUCCUCAUCUUGGAUCUGAGUACAAGGCAGUGGGGGGUGGGAAGGUGGAAAAUAAUACGUGGAAAUUCUAUACAUGUUCUGUAUAUUCUAUGCGUGGAAAAUUAUAUAGAGAUUAUGGAAAAUUAUAACAAAUUUAUAAAUUUUUCAUGUGCAGAAUCAAGUUAUUGGGAGGCAUCUUAAAUUCAAAAUCAUAGUGGAUUCGGUUAUACAUGUUAUUAAGCUUAAAUUGAGCAUGUCUUAAAAUCAGAUUGUACUCCUAGUGUUAUUUCAGUAACAUUAGAGACCUCAAUUGAGAUCAGGGCUCCAUUGUGCUGGACACUGCACAGACACAGGAACAGAUGGCCCUUGAUUAACAGAACUUGCCAUCUAAACAAUCAGAAGGGUAGAAAGGGGAAAUGAUGUAUUUGUCAAGGCCACAUGGCAGCUCAGGGGUCGACCCUCCUCUCCUGUCUGUCCCACUAGUGUUCUGUGCAUUGGGUCUCCAUCUCCUUGCCUGUGAUGGUUGUUUUUGUUUGACUAGAUUUCAACACUUAAAACUCCUGAGGAAAAACUACCAGGAACUGAUGCCUCCUCCUAUGCAAUGGGAUUAUGACACCAUACAUAGCCAGUUAGAGAAAAUCCCAGCUCUGUUCCUCCUUAGGUAGGUCUACUGUGGCUCUCUGAAGUCAAGCUGGCAUUUGAUCCUCAGAGAAAUCUAGGCCCUGUUGAAAGUCAAUGGAGUCAAACUCCUACUGACUUUAAUAGGACCUGGGUAUUUAAACCCUCUCUGGUCUCAGUGUUUGUGACUAUGAAACUGUGCCAUAUACUGGUGAGGACAAUCACUGUUAUUCAAAUACCUCUAGUGAGUAUCUGAUUCUUCAUUAAGACCAUUUUUUGUAUUUCCAUUCCAUAAUUUGGUGGUUCAUUCAAGUAUGGGCACUGGGGAAGAGAACUCUAUGCCAGGAGAGAGUGGAUCUGUUCUGCUGCUAUAUGGCUCUAUUGUG